AUUAAUACUAAACUUGUACCAUAUCUCCUAGGGGUUCUUAUGGUAUUUUUCUCUUCAGCAUCUUCACAAAGACUUGAUGAUAAAUAUCUUCAAUGUCUUUUAAAAAAUUCAAAUGCCACAAAAUCAGAAUUUGUGUUCACUCAACAACACACAAAAUAUUCAUCUGUUCUUCAAUCAUCCACCAUAAACCUUAGAUAUUCCACCUCCAAAACUCCAAAACCUUUAGCCAUAAUCACACCCUUGACAUAUUCCCAUGUACAAUCAGCAGUACUUUGUUCUCAAACUUUCAAAUUCCGAAUCCGAAUUCGAAGUGGUGGACAUGAUUAUGCAGGCCUUUCUUACACUUCACAUGAUCAAUCCCCUUUUGUUGUUCUUGACCUUAAAGAACUACGGUCUGUAACGAUCCAGUCGGGUAAAAACACUGCAUGGGUUGAAUCUGGUGCAACCAAUGGUGAAUUGUAUUAUUGGGUGUCCAAAGAAAGUAAAAAUCUUGGAUUCCCAGCUGGGUUUGGCCCAACUGUAGGGAUUGGUGGGCACAUAAGUGGAGGAGGGUUCGGUUCUAUGGUUAGAAAGUAUGGUCUAGCGGCUGAUAAUAUCGUCGAUGCUAAGAUUAUCGAUGUCAAAGGGCGGAUACUUGACAGAAAAUCAAUGGGAGAAGACCUAUUUUGGGCAAUUAGAGGAGGUGGAGGUGGAAGUUUCGGUGUUGUAGUAGCCUGGAAGGUGAAUCUUGUCUUUGUACCUGAAAAAGUUACCGUUUUUAGUCUAUUCAAGACUUUAGAACAAGGUGGUUCAAAUCUUUUUAACAAGUGGCAGCAUGUAGGGCAUAGUUUAAGUCAAGAUUUGUUCAUUCGAGUUAUAAUACAACCUGUUCAAGUUGCGAACGGGAAAAGAACUGUUGAAUUCAUAUUCAACUCAAUGUUUCUCGGAUCGGUUGAUCAACUCAUGAAAACUGUAUCUAAUAGUUUCUCUGAAUUGGGCUUACAAGGAAAAGACUGUAGUGAAAUGAGUUGGAUUGAAUCGGUACUUUAUUUUGCAAACUAUCCUAGAGGAGAGAGUGUUAAUGUUCUUAAAGAUAGGAAACCGGAGCCGAAAAGCUACUUCACUGGUAAAUCAGACUAUGUGAAAGAUCCGAUACGCGAAGAAUCAUUGAAAGAGAUAUGGAAAUGGUGUUUGGAGGGAGAAAGACCGAUUCUUAUAAUGGAACCGCACGGUGGAAAGAUGAACGAGAUUGAAGAAACGCGCAUUCCUUACCCUCAUAGAAAAGGGUAUUUGUAUAACAUACAAUAUUAUGAGAAAUGGGAUGACGGAAGCAUUGAAGCAUCAGAAAAGCAUCUAAGUUGGAUGAAAAGGAUGUAUGAGAAUAUGACACCAUAUGUGUCAAAGAAUCCAAGGGGAGCUUAUGUGAAUUACAGGGAUUUGGAUUUAGGUUCAAACGGUAAUGCAAAUAAUACAAGUUACUUGAAAGCUAUGCAAUGGGGAAACAAGUACUUUAGGGGCAAUUUCAGGAGGUUGGCAAUGGUGAAGGGGAAGGUUGAUCCACAAAAUUUCUUUCAUUUUGAGCAGAGCAUUCCACCUCUAUUAUGAGCAAAGGGCAUGGCUAACUUUUCUAAAAUAUCGAAUUGUUAUAGUUACCUACGUUAGUAGGCUCGAUCUUGAAGAGAAUGAAAUGAUAAUAAAACGUUAAUAAGUUGGUUCUUUUCUUGAUUCUAAACAUAUAUGUUUAAUAAGUUAUAUUGUUAUGCUUAUGAGA